CUGCUGCUGCUGGAUGUAUGUACACACAAAAGCCAUGUUUGCCCUAGUGGUUUGCUCCACGAUCCAACACGUAAAGUACGCAUAAGGAUGUACUUUGGGUGCCGAAAUUUAACAUCAUACCAAUCCACAGCAGGCUCAAUAGUUACCGCCAAUCAAUAAUAUUCUUCAAUGCUACCUUUGGUCACUUUGUCGUUCCGAAGCUUUCAUUGCGGUAGUUGUUUCACACUAACUUAGGAUUGGCAUACUUUACAUCACCCAUGGGUCAGUGAUAGCAUCAUCAGGUGAGAUUGCGUAUAAGUGCUCUCACCAUUCUCAGCAUGACCGUCGACGAUGUAAAUAUGAACGGGCUCCCAAGUGAAUCUAGCUUGGCUGCGAGGCUACCCCAUGCCAUGGCAGAUUCGCAGUAUCAUCCCGGUCCAAAGAUUCUAUCUUCAGCGUGCACUGUUGAUAUGUCAUCAAAGCGGAGGAGUGAUUGUUUCAGACUUCGUUAGUGGCCCCAUCCGCAUCGUGACCAGCGUUGGAAGUAAUAGUGCUGCACCCGUCACUCCUCUUAUUGCUCGUUUUAUAACUCCCCCCUCCGCUGGUCUGCUCCUCGUCCGUCCAUCCCCGCCCCCGCCCCUGCGCCAGAGCGGCGCCCCCAGGGCUUAUCUCAUCGCCCUAAGCCCCUCCCCGCCUUCUGCCGGAAUCCCAGACGAUCUUCCUCCUUAUCUUAAGACUUGUGUCCCUGGCUCGCGAGCUCUGAUUGGCUUCCAGCAUCAAUUUUCAGGUGAACAAGACCGAGCGAGCAGAAGGAACUAAGUCCCAAGUUGAGUAUGUUUGGAACAGUGGCCAGUCGGAGACAUGCGUGAACUGCCAGUGACCCCAAAUGCAGCAACGACACCAACGCACACCAAAAGCAAAGCAAAGCAAGCAAGCACGCAGGCAGUCAGGCAGUCAGUCGUCGUCGGCCCUCGAAUUUUUUUUGUAAGGCUGCUAUAGCGAUGCGAUCGAGUCGGGGAGUGGAGUGGUAUGUACGACCCUGCAGGCCGGGCAAAAGAAAGGACGGGUGAGAUGACUUAGACUUGCAGCAAGCGUGAGGUGCUGCUCUUCGACCGCAGCUGCCCCCUGAAGAAUCAUCUGCCCCUUGUUCAACAAAGGCCGGCCCUACUGCCGGAACCCCCUAUGCCCUCUCUCCGCCAUUCGUGGGCCCUACGCCUCCAUGUUGGCGAACCCCGCCAUUUCAGCUUCCUCCUCCUUUCUCUUCAUUCUCCUGCAUUCCAUCUUACGUACGCUUACUCUGCCCUAUCUAAACCUCCUCUAUUCUAGAGGAACUGAACCGUCCCGUUCCGGUGGGCCAGACAGAUCGAUCCAAGGACGGGACCGUCCUCAAGGGGAGGGCAGGGCAGUCGCCCGACCUCGUCCGUCUCCGUUCGGUCUGUGCGCUGUCUUGUAUGAGGAGAGUAGAGAAUGGAAGAACGACGCAGCAUUUGACAAGAUUGAUUCACAUUCGGCGAACGACCGUGUAAACCUACCAGCGCUGCUUGUUCGAAUAAAAUAUGGUCGAUUGUUCUGGGUUGGUGAAGGUAUUCGUGAGGUACAUUUGUGGUUUGUACAAAGAGGAAAAGUUCUGGUCUGGAAUCCACAUCUAACGAAUAAGACGUACUUUGUCCCACAAUUUACUCUGUGUAGAUUCUCAACACUGAAUACUGCAAUUCGACCAAAAUAGUGUCGCACUAUUUUGGAGCCAAUAGAACGCAGUUUUCGUUUACAA